GCUCCGAUCAACACCAGCAGCUAGCUCGCUACUCCGCUAUCCGGCUAUCCGGCUAGCAAAAUAGCUCGCUCUUUCGCACAGGUGUCGCUGGAGGACCUUGGGCUUGGUGCUUUGGACUGCACGAAGCGGCGGCCAAUGUAGCAUUCAGGACAGCAGUGUUGCCCCGUCGGUACUGCCCUACCCUCGCACUGCAUGGCUUCACCUGCCUGCGUCUCCCCUCCUCUCGCCACUUCACGCCCGGACCACCACCUCUCCCAGUCCCCGAUGCUCUGGUCACAGGUCCCACACAGACUGCCCAAUGACCGCCUGGAUUGUCCUGCCCGUCAGCCUGGCUGCCUUCUCCAUUACAGGAAUAUGGAUAGUCUAUGCCAUGGCAGUGAUGAACCAUCAUGUUUGCCCAGUGGAAAACUGGACCUACAAUGUGACAUGUAGUGAGGAGACGGCGCGGAGGGGGUUCCCCAAAACCUGCUGCACCUUGGAGGAGAUCCCCCUUAUCAGCAAAUGUGGUGUGUUCCCUCCCGAGAGCUGUCUCUUCAGCCUGAUCGGCAACGUGGGAGCCUUCAUGGUGGUGAUGGUGUGUAUGCUGAGGUAUGGCCAGGUGAUUGAGCAUAGCCACCACUGCUGGACCAACACCAGUGCCCUCAUCUCCGGCUGUGUCAACGCCCUCGGCCUGGUCAUGGUCGGCAACUUCCAGGUGGACCAUGCCAAGACUCUGCACUACGUGGGUGCGGGUGUGGCGUUCCCGGCGGGGCUGCUGUUUGUGUGUCUGCAGUGUGUGUUGACCUAUUGGAUCGCUGAGACCACACUGGACUUCUGGAUGGCCCACGUGCGCGUCGGACUCUCCGCCGGGGCACUGGUGUCACUCGUGCUCAGUGGCGUGUUCUUCAUCCACGAGAGCUUCGUGCUGCAGCACGCGGCGGCCAUCUGCGAGUGGGUCUUCACGGUCAUCGUGCUGGUCUACUACGGAACCUUCACCUACGAGUUUGGCACCGUCACCACGGACACCAUGAUGGCGGUGCUGGCACACCACAGCGCCCGCGGGGCACACAGCACCCACAGCCACAGCCUGCAGCUCCAGCUGCACCACCACCACCAGCCAGCAGGAGGCGCCAUCCUGGUGGGCGGCAUGGGAGGGAUGGCCGGCAUGGGCGGGAUGGCGGGUAUUGGCGGGCUAGGGGGCAAGAGCGCAGAAGCCAUGGGGUGUCACAGUAGCGCCGCAAUCGGGCUGAAGUCGCCUGGCGGAGGUGUUGGAGUAGGGGUAGGGGUAGGGGCGGCUGUCGGCGGGGGGAUGGUUGGGGGGGGGUGUGUAGGCGGUGGGGGGACUGCCACACACCUCACCUGCAACCCAGAGGGCUCCGCCGUGCUGUAG